AUGACGAGUACCAGCAAUGGCGGCAAAGGUAAAAUCACCCUAACGGGUGCCCAAGAAACCCUCUUCAUCACGCUCCUCAGUCGCGCCAAUGACGCCCUGUCGCCACACUCCAUCCUCAACGACCAAGACGCCGUGCGGGUCGUAACCCUCGUACGUGAAAACGGGUACGACUUCUCGCGUGCCGAGCAUCACGUAUUCGGCCUCAGCUGGCUCAGUGGUUGGUCCGCCUUGCUCAUUUCGUUCCGCGCGAGGGUUUUGGAUCGUUACACGGAGCAGUUUCUUGCUCAACACCCAACUGGAAAGGGAGAUGGAGUGACCAUCUUGCAUUUGGCUUGUGGAUUGGAUGCUCGCAGUCGCCGCGUGAAGUGGAGGGGGGACGGGAAUCUGUUUGUUGAUGUGGACAAAAGCGAUGUUGUUAAGCUGCGGCGGCAGAUGGGGCUGGAUCCCGAGCCAAGCAGCGGUAAGCACAGUGGAAAGUACCAGCUGUUGGACCCGAAUAUUACUGAAGACGGGUGGUUGGAAAAGUCCGGAAUCCCACGGAAUAAGCCCGUGCUAGUGAUUAUGGAGGGCUUGACUAUGUAUCUCACUCCGGAGGAGAAUUAUACCUUGAUACGGGGGAUUGUGAAGUACUUCCAGAAGGGAGGGGAGAUCAGGUUUGAUGUCUCCGGGUCGGUGACCAAGUUCAUUUCGAAUAGGGGAGGGGUUUUGAAGGUCAUGGGCACGAGUCUCAGAUCGGCGCUGAAUGAUCCGCGGGCGUGGGAGAGGAACGUGCCUGGGUUGAGGUUUAAAGAUUGGAUGACGAUGGUAGAUUUUUUGGAUUUGGGAAAUCCGCCGUGGAUCUUGAGGCUGGCGUUGCGGGUGUUAUUUGCUUUCAUACCACUUUCGUGGUUUGGAAACAUUUAUGGGUUUACAUUUUAGUUUGUGUGCAUGUAGGGGAAGCGUUCUAGCGUAAAGGUAUAUAUUC